ACCGAGACUCGCCGUUCGCGCGUCGCGCUACCUCGCGCUCAGUGUUCCGCGCGCGCGCUCCUCGACCGAGGCUCCUGUCUUGUCCUCUCUCUCUGGUGCGCGUCUCGUAACACGCGGCGCCUAAGGAUCGUGCUCUUCUUCAUCGUCGAAAAAAAAUAACAGAAAAGUAGUGCGAAAGAGAUAAGAGAGCAAAAGAACGGUUUCGCCUAUUUACGCGCUCCGCGAGAGCGGCGUAAGGAGAACGAGGGAGGAAGAGUUGAAAGAAACUGUCGGUGAAUGUGUUAUCUCCAAGUUUGACCAGGGACACGUGUAGGAUCAAUUAGCAUUUGUGCGGAAUAUGGUACGGGAUAAAGCAGCUUUAGUGGUAGAAUUCAGAGAUACGUGAUCGCCGUGCAAACUCACUUAGUAUUAGACAUAUCGAGGCGAAGAAAGGUGACAGAAGAGAGUGAGAAGUUUCCUUGGACUGUCAUACUUUUAGGAGGCACGCGUGUAACAGUGUUUAACUUGGACCAAAUCACUCGCACCUCGACCAUUCGAUCGAAGUAAACUUUAGUUUUUUCUUCCAUUUUCGGUGAUUUAAAACAUUUUAAGAGAUUGAGCUCCAUUGACGGCUGUUGUAUUAUCGAACUUUUCGUACUCCGUGUUAUUUUUAGAAGCACGUGAUACCGUUCGUCGGAGUGUCAUACGGAAUUUUUUCGAUUCACGUGAUCUUUUCAAGAGUCGAGAUCCGUAAACGAUAGUGUCGUUGCUCCUUUUUGGUGAAACAUCGAAAGAGAUAUAAAGAGAGACAGAAAACGUGCGUUCGUACGUGCGUAUAGGUGCCCCUGUGGCCGCGUGUGUGCAUCGUGCACGCGCGUGAUGCAAGUCACGUGGACUGUCGCAAUUCGCGCUUAGUAAAUAAUCGCGGCGGAUCGGCGCGCAUCGGAAGAAAAAAUCGUCGCGAGGGUGGGAAGACUCACGGAGCGAGGAAGGGAAUGUUGCCUCGGUGGGUGCAGUGAGUGCGGAAGGAAUCAGGUGUCGGGAAACAGGCCCCGGAGACGUUGGUGCUUCACUUCCUUCUUCCUGAGUUCCGCGUGUAGCAAAACGAAACGGCAGGUGAACAAUAGCGCGUAGAAAAGGAAGAACCCGAGCCACCUGGGUGCGGCAUAGGCGGAAGGCGAAAGAGGCGGGGAAGUCUCGGAGGUGGUUUUAGAUGUUAGAAGGCGCGGGGGUGGCUAAAGUGGCCCCGCCGCCGGGUACGGGUCCCGAUGCCGGUCCCCGUAUCGCAAAUACCCACAUUAACCUCCACCCUCGUGCCCAAGGAGGAAUCAAACAUGCCUUUCAUAGACGACGAACUAUUCUGGUACUCUGACAAUGACGGAAAGAUGGAUCUAUCCCAGUGCCUUCAGCAGAGCAACACAGGCCAAUCAGUUGAGUUUCCGAUGGAGCUAAGUGCUUUGGUAGGGACGCCGACGGCAUCGAACGUGCCGACGGAGGAAGGCGCGGGUAUGUCCGGUGUCACAGGGGAGGAACUUUUCGAUCCCCUGGACUUCCUACGGGAACUCGAGGCAGAGGCCAGCCAACCCACCUCCACCACAACGCCUUCCUACAAGAGACAGAGGCACAACAUCGCCGCUGCGAAUCCUCUAUUAGCAGAAAAAUUAGCAGCGCCUUCGACACAAGGGUCUCCAACUUCCAUCCCUUAUGCCUCAAGGGCGGAAAUUAAGACGGAGAACAUCCAACCCGAGACGAAUAAAGUGGACACCAGGGAAGUUCAGCCGCACGACCCGAGCGAGAAAGAACAGCUGGGCCUCGCGAGCGUAAAAGUGGAGCCGGGAUCUACUAGCGCGACGACCACCAGUAGCACGGGGACUCGUCUGCUCCACGGUAUCCUCUCCCAGCAUCCCCAGCAGCAUGGCCUGGGGCUGCAGAAUGGAUACGGCCGACACUUGGGCGGCCACGCACAGAUGGGCCAACCGCCUUACACCACUGCCGCCAUCGCCACGACGAGUACGCCAGGAAGCGGAUCACUGCCAGCGAGCCCAGCGGACAGCGGAGUCAGCGACGUCGAGUCCAGCACGUCCUCCGGUGGCAACGAGGACGCGAAUCUCUUACUGAAAGCCAGGCUCAAUCCUAAUUCGUCCCUCCAGCCAAGUCUGGCGUCUCAUCACUCCCACCUGUCGUCGGGUGAGCUCGAUCUUUAUUCUUACGCACGCUCAUUGACGUGCUUAACAUCAGCGCUCGGCAGAUCGGCAUGCCACAGCCCCGGUGUGUAUCCGGGGUCGACGGCAAGCUUCCUGUCGCCCACCUAUCAUCCUCAUCAGCAUCAUCCCUCCCAGUAUCACCCACAUCGGGGGAGCUCGCCGCACCAUCAGCACAGCAACCACACCAUGGGUCCGACGAUGGGGCCGCCUCACCACCACCACCAUCAUCAAGCGCAGGGUCUCCAGCAUCACUUGCAUUACCGUCAGCCAUCCUCACUAUCCGACAGCUACAACAGUUACAUAAACAUGUACGGCGGGGGUGGGCAGUUUGCGACCCCCUGUACCCCGAGCCCGCCGCGAGGACCAGGCGGCGUGCCGACCAGCGUGAUCCAGGCGGCUACCAGCUCGGUCUCGGACGAUCUUUACCUUCUCGAGCUCAGCUUCCCGUCGCGCUCGAAGAAGAGCAAGCUGAAGAAGCCGCGGCAGGGCGGCGAGGGCGGGGCCGCGGUGAAGCGGAAGUCGCGCGAGGGUUCGACCACGUACCUGUGGGAAUUCCUGCUCAAGCUGCUGCAGGACCACGAGUACUGUCCGCGCUACAUCAAGUGGACGAAUCGCGAGCGAGGCGUCUUCAAGCUCGUCGACAGCAAGGCGGUCUCGCGGCUCUGGGGCAUACACAAGAACAAGCCGGACAUGAACUACGAGACGAUGGGUAGGGCGCUGCGCUAUUACUAUCAGCGCGGCAUCCUGGCGAAGGUGGACGGCCAGCGGCUGGUCUACCAGUUCGUCGACGUGCCGAAGGACAUCGUCGAGAUCGAUUGUACGGGCGCAUGAGACAGGGAGUCGGCUCGUCCCGCGGGGCACGAGAGGGAGAGGAAAGAAGAACAGCAGCAGCAGCAACAACACGGCGUCUCGGCGCGGGCCCCGCGCGGACGUCGACCACCGCCGUUGUCGUUGACGUUGCCGUCGCUGAUGCGGCGUCGCGGGCUCGUCGCGGGGCCUCAUCCGCGCCAAGGGUCGCCGUUCAGCAGUUUUCUCCACCGAGACGCGCCGACCUGGCAUACCCCUCAGAUGUUGUAAAACGCGUUCUCUCUUUCGCUUUUUCGUUUUUUUCUCCCUCUCUUUCUCUCUUCCUGUCUGACUCUCCCUGCCUGCUUCUCGAUCCCUCUUUGUCUCUCUAUUUCCAUCUUUCUCUCCGGCUUCGUUUGUUCCUUGUAUUAUACCUAUGUAAAUGUAUAUUAAGGCGCCGCGUGACGAUGUCGUCGGAGGUGGUCCCGACCCAGUACCUCGUCCUUCUCCUGCGAUCCUGCGUUUCUUUCUCGCGUGUCCGAGUGCCGCGUAGGAUUGGGACAGGACGGCGCCCGACUCGUUGAAAUUUGUACAAAAUUUAGUUCUUAAUGUGUCGAGAAAGAUAAAACUAAAGAUUUUAUUCUGGUGUACCUUGCGGGAGGAACGCCGCGGACAAAUUACUUAAGCCGCGAAGCACCGGAAAGCGAAAAAUUGUAUAUUCGAAAGAGCGACAAAUUAUUUAUUGUAUAUUAGACGUUUAUGUAUGUUACCUAAGAAAAUUGUUACGCGCGAUGAUUCGCGCAGAUGGAAAAUGUAUGGAAAACGGACGAAAGUUAUAAUAAAAACGAAACGAAAUGAGGGCUGUGAAAAGGAUUACGAUACGGAGAGGAGAGGAAAGGAGAGGAGACGAGUUGUGUAGUGGAACGGGAAAGGAUGAAGAAGCGUAUCUCGAAGUUUCACGGAGCGAGCUCAGGGAGGGGUACACAUUAUAUUUUUUUAAGUAUAAGCGGAAGGGAUUGGCCCUUCCGAUUUGUGAGCUGAGGGUUCAACAACGCAAGGUGCUGGCUAAUAUACAUGCAUAUACACAUACACACACACACGCACACCGAGGUCCAAGAAAAUUAUUAUUUAGCAACCUAGUGUUACUAAUUCGUAAAGAUUAUCAAUGCGGACGAUUUUAUCUCUGUAUAUAAAUAUAAAGAAUACCUUUAGUAAAAAAAUAUAUAUAUAUAUUAUUGAACAUUAUAUAUAUUAUAUAAAUAUAUCUAUUGUAUGUUAUGUAGUAAAAAUGGAGCGAGAUUUGAUGUGUCUCUAUGAGAUUUUUGGCGUCACGGCGACACGCGUAGGGCGCUUGUAACCGUCUCGCGCGACGUCUCUCUUUCGAAACUUUCUAUACUACUUGUUUGUUCUUAUAUACAUUAUAUCGGGAACGAAUUUUAUACGUUCGGGAGUGCCGAUUUUGCGCUCGAGCCUUCUAAAGUCGCAGUCAUAACGCACAUAUAUAUACACGUAUUAUAUCGCUGGUCUCGUAUGCUCAGACUGAUCGGAGACGUCGCACGUACAAUACAGAGAAGCCCGCCCGACGCACGGGAAGCGUAAUAAAAAAAAAAUGCGUAACUCUAGAUUAAAAUUUAACUUAUUGGCGCCCCGGGACGCGUGACGCGCGCGAGUGCAAGUGUAUCCUAUAGCUCUAAGUUUUUGUACAUAAAGAGGAAAUCGUCAAAAAUAUUAUUUACGUUUAAGAAGAACGUAACGCUGGUUAUCUCUAUGCGAUAAUUAUAUCCGCGGGAGAAAGUAAAACGACGGAAGGUGGAAGGAAAGAAUGGACGAGGAGCGUCUGGUUAGAUCACGCGCGAUGACUAUACGCGGUCGGUCGCGAGGCGCGUACACAGGCCGAUUUGUCGCAUUACAGCCUCGGGAUAUAAAACCGUAAAAAGAAAACGAAAUAUACAGUACAUUUGAACAGUGAUCCAGUGCUGCCAAUAAUGCCUGUAAAACGGUCCCUUUGCACUUGUCGCUCGAGUCAACGCCCUUCGAGUCGAGCCAUACACGGUGCUGUCAGAUCGAUCCGAUGUUUUCGGGACACCAGAUAUAUACCGAUGAUACAAAGCAAAUUGCCUUCUCGUAUUAACAAAGACGUGUUGCCUUCUAACAAAAAAAAAGAUGCAUAUAAAAGUUCUAGCGAUUUGUAUCGUAAAUGCCGUCACUUUGUCCAGGUACUUAAAAGCCCUUUACAUAUAACGCCCUAACAUCGUUUUUUGUGACGAAUUGAAUUUUGUAAUUUUAUCAGCGAAAAGUUCUUUGGUACGUGGUGACUUUUAUCGUACUUCGAAUACAAUGUAUCGGCGGGAAAUAGUAAUAAUAUUAAUGAUAAUAUUAAUGAUAAAAAGAAGAAGAUAUAUCAGAGUACAAUGGACAAAAGUACCUAUAGUAUACCACUUCUAUACAUGAUAACGGACACUUAUAAACAAUGAAUGGACACUACAACAGAAAUCCUAUUUUUAGGUAAAUUAAAUUUACAUAUACAUAACAAUCCACUACACUACGAGAUAUUUUAACAAAUAAGACUUUACUAUAAUAGAGAUAAAUACAUAAUUAUUUACCUGUAAAAUAUAUGAAAACACGAUGGAUUGACGUAAGGAACUCUAAUGUAACGUUCUGUGAUUCGUUGUUUGUAGGUGAAAUUUAAUAAAAAGAUUAUUGUAUCAUAAUA